GACAAGUAGUGGUGUAUCAUCGCACCAUGCAUCAUUGACUGAACUCUCGGAGUGAACUAUAAAUCUAACUGCUUUCCUGGAGUAAAGAUCAGUUUUACAUGGACUUCAGCCGUGCCGAUUUCUGGAGUGUUCAGUGUUUUCCAUCAUUAAUGUAAGGAUUUUCCUCCUCAGAAAAUGCAAGAGGUGAAGAGUGUGCUUUCUGAUCUGGUACUCGGUGCUUGCCGCCUAUGCAAUAAAAAGUGGAUGCCGGUUUAAUUACCGGCAUGUGCGAUUUAUUUUGCACGCAAGUGAAUGGCCAAUCUCACGUUUCCUUGAGCUUGAGUUGAGAGCUGAAUGUUUAAUGUUUUCAAAAACGGCAUGAAUGAUUUUUUUUACUAUAUAUUUUCAAUAUGUUUAAGUGUAAUGCAAAGAUGUGACUCUGACCGUGAUAUGGUGUUUGUAUUUGUAAUUGUAUUAAGAAGAAGAAGAAGACGACAAAAAAAGUGCCGGGCCGGCUGCAAAGAAAAGUCACACUCACAGCUGACAUCGACAGAGUGCAGUGUAACUUUUGACUAACUUAGUAUUAGAUAAGUAAUGUUGUUAAAAUUGAGUUUGAUCGAUAGCAUGCCAAUUUCACUUUGAACACUGAAUGAAUGACUGAUUAGUGUCUUUUUUAGUGAUUACACGAUCGCCAUGAAAAUUUGCAAGGGUGUAGAUCUAAUGUCGGAUGUUGACUACAAAAAAGUACAAGAGUCAAGACAAUGAUAAAUUUAAAAAUAAUUUUGUAAAAAAUUGUAUAUUUUUUAAUUAAUUUUUUUUUAAUUCUAUGCAAAUAAAAGCAUAUGAAAAUCACAUUUGCCUUUUUUAAUUUUAGCUCACUUUAAAUUUCUCAUUUUGCUAGUAAUACUAAUUUUUGGUGAAAAAGAUUAAUUUUGACAUUUAAUAUUUAACAUAAGAUAAAAAAAAAUGACAACAUAAUUUCCUUUUAAUUUCUUUUGUUCAAGUUCAAUUUAUUUAUUUUCUCACCAAUAUAAAAAACAAUAUGCAAAUAUGUAUAAAGAAUGAAAAUUACAUGUAUGAGAGAAAAACGGAAACUACUGAAAAGUUCAUAAGAACUUGUGAGCUGUAGCUCCCAGUUAAUUUCUUUUGUAUUUCUUAACUUAGUUUUUAAAAGCUUACCAACAAAAUAAUUACCUAGCACAUUUUCUACCUUUGAGUUCUCAACACUAAGUGUCUACUGAGCUGAGGAGGCUACUAGGGCAUGAAACAGGCUCACAACGAACAACAACAACAAAAGAUUGAAAGUGGGCGCAGUGACCAUUAGUAGAUAGAGACCAGUCCUAGGGCCUACAUAUAAAGUUCUUUAUCUUUAUUUUAUUUCGGCAUCUGGAAUAAUGCUGCCUGAGAUACAUCAUCUACAGAUAUAGGCUAUGACAUCUACAUGUACAUAUGUUUUUAACUUAUGAAUAAAUAUACAUUGCAGGCUGUGAGAUCUAUAUUUGUGAACUUACGCCUACUUUAGCGAAGACCAUUAUUUUUGCCUAAUCUGCUUAUAGACUAACCUAUCCCCCCCACCAAAAUAAAAAAAUUACAAAAUUACAAAAAUUCACCAUCUAACUUAGUAACAUGUGUUUUUAUUUCAUGGCAUUCACACGAUAACAGUAUUAGGACAUAGUCCUACAUAUUCAUAAAUACAUGUAGUAAACUGGAGGAACCAACACUUUCAAGAGAGUUUACCAAAUAAAAUGGGCUUUUAUAGGAGAAUAGGCAUGUGUGUAAUGGUGAUGAUUUAUCAUUUUGAUAGGGAGUUGGAGGAAUAAGAAGAAGGUUUGGUAACUAUCUUAUGUUUUUUAUUUCUCUUUGAUCACAGUGAUAUUCAGGUGAUGUGGAUCUAUGAGAUCUAAGGUUUACACCGCAUUCCAUCGUGGUUGGACUGCAUUAAAAGGAGCUUCUGCAAGGCAUGGUCAGCAACAUCUAGUUUAUCACACCUCGGUGUCAUUCACUGUUGAUCUUCAACUAACAUAUGACACUUGCUCCUGUAGACAACCUGAAUUUCCAAAGUCCUAUCGAAGCAGUGCACUUUCAUUCAAAUUCAUAAGAGAAGCAGAACGAAUCCUAGGUCUGAUUGGUUCCUCUUCAAGGGUUAGUACUCUUUUGUCAAAGACAGCUUCAGGAAUGGAUGAUGAGAAAGCCUUCAUGGUUGACUAUGCCCGCCUUGGGACAUCAAAAUGCAAGCGAUGCAAGCAGGGGAUCGAGAAGAAGUCACCCAGGAUUGCCAAACUCACAGCAAAUCCUUUCAGUGACGAUGGGGGCAUGAUGAAGAACUAUUUCCACAUCAACUGUGUGUUUGAGACGUUUGUUCGGGCGAGGGCGACAACGAAGAAGAUUGAGGAUCCAAGCGACUUGGAUGGUUUUGAGAAGAUGGAGGACGAGGAGAAGAAAUUAAUCCGAAAGAACAUAGAAGAGCUAUUGUCCAGAGUCAAAACGCCCAAGAAAACGCCAACCAAGAAGAAAGGCACAGUUCAAGGUGUCCUUACAACAGGCGGUCAAGUUUUAUCCCCAUCCAAACAUCCAAAAUCAAGUACUAGCCAGCCCGCAUCCUCUCACCACACCUCAUCGAGUUCUGCUGCAGCAUCCUCCUCCUCUGCCACCCCAUCACCAACCCCCUCCAAAAUCUCUUACCAAGGGGACGGCAGUGACCCCCAACAUCCAGACAAUUCAUUCCGAGAGUACCGCAAGCUCUGUGCCAAUAUUGCAGACCAGGCUGGCCACCAUGCGAAGACCAGAGUCGUUGCUGGGUUUCUAAAGAGUGGCUCUGAUGGACAAUCCUUUCAAGGUGAUACUUACCUUGUACUGAAGCUGCUCCUUCCUGGUGUAGUGAAGAGAGUCUACAACAUCAACAGCAAACAACUGGUCAAGCUUUUUAGUCAGAUAUUUGGAGCAGACUUGGAUGACAUGGUGACAGACCUGGAACAAGGAGAUGUCUCUGAGACGGUGAGGAAGUUCUUUGUCGAGAGCAGCCAUCAGCCACCAAUCAAGAAAAGUGUCCUCACACUCUAUGAUAUGGACAAGUUUCUUGACAGCAUGACCACAGUGUCAAAGGAACUUGAUCAACAGAGGGAGCUUACAAAGAUCACCAGGAAAUGUACAGCCAAUGACCUCAAGAUGGUGGUCCGUCUCCUCAAACAUGAUCUACGCAUCAACUCGGGGGCAAAGCACAUACUUGAUGCGUUAGACCCCAAUGCCUACGAAGCCUUUCAAGCAUCAAGGGAUCUCCUGGAUGUAGUCACCCGUGUCCUUGCCAAUCAGAAAGCCAGUAAUGGUGUCCCUGGUAUGACCAAGAAGCUGAGUGUCAGGGCGGCUCUCAUGACACCGGUCUUGCCUAUGCUGGCGGAGGCAUGUAAAUCUGUUGAGAUGGGAAUGCGUAAGUGCCCUAACGGCAUGUAUGCUGAAAUCAAGUACGAUGGUGAGAGAGUACAGAUCCACAAACAGGGAGAUAACUUCCAGUACUUCAGUCGAUCCUUGAAACCAGUCCUGCCCCACAAAGUGGCCCACAUCAAGGAUUGGAUCCCAAAGGCAUGUCCCCAUGGAAAUAGUCUUAUUCUCGACAGUGAGAUCUUGAUGGUAGACAAAGAUGGUAAGAUUCUCCCAUUUGGUACACUGGGUAUCCACAAGAAAUCCGCCUUCCAGGAUGCCAAUGUAUGUCUCUUUGUCUUUGAUUGUCUUCAUUUCAACGGAGAGGACCUCAUGGACAAACCCCUCAAGACAAGACGGAAGAUCUUGGAGGAGAACCUUGACGUGAUCCCCAACCGCAUCAUGCUUUCCGAGUCCAAGUUUGUCACCAAGUCCAGGCAGCUCUCUGGCCUCAUUGCUGAUGUCAUCCAGGAAGGUCUUGAAGGUCUGGUUCUCAAGGAUAUCCAGGGUGUCUAUGAGCCAGGCAAGCGCCACUGGCUCAAGGUCAAGAAGGACUACCUGAAGGAAGGAGCCAUGGCAGACUCGGCUGAUCUGCUGGUCCUUGGAGCGUUCUACGGCACUGGGACGAAAGGCGGUAUGAUGUCGAUCUUCCUGAUGGGUGUCUACGACCCAGCUUCGAACUCGUUCCGUACGGUGACCAAGUGUGCCAAUGGCCUGGAUGACAAGACCAUGGAUCAGGUCAACCGUGAUCUGGACAUGGUGAAGAUAAGCAAGGACAGCAGUAAGGUGCCCUCAUGGUUAAGGGUCAACAAGACCUUGGUGCCAGACUUUGUCAUCAAAGAUCCAAAGAAAGCUCCAGUUUGGGAGAUCAUCGGAGCCGAGUUCACUCAGUCAGAAACUCACACAGCAGGAGGCAUCUCCAUCAGGUUUCCCAGAGUGACACGUUUCCGUGAUGACAAGGACUUUGAGACGGCCACAGAUCUACCAAGACUUAGGACACUGUUCAAGAAGUCUAAAGAGAGUACUGAUGUGAGUGCAAUACUUGGAGUUAAAUCCUCACCAUCCAAGGUGUCUGCCAAGCGGAAGAAGGAUGACGACGAAGAUGACGAUGAGGAAGAGAUCACCGGAUUUAGCUUUGGGAAAGGAGGAUGUACCGGAGCCAGCACUUCAGGGAAAGGAGCCAGUCCGGCCAAGAGGGCAGCAGACAGUCCAGUGAAGAAGGUGAAGACAGAGAACGGCAACAACAGCAAUUCACCAAGCCCGAGAAAGGAGAAGGCUGAGUGCAAGUAUGGGACAGAUUGUUAUCAGAAAAGCAAGGAUCAUCAAGGGAAAUUCAGACACACAAGCUCACCAUCAAAGCACAGUCCAUCAAAGGGUCUACCCAACGUAUUCACAGGCAUGGUCAUGUACAUUCCGAAAGAGGUGAAAGACAAUGAGAAGCUACAGCGGUAUGUGAUAGCCUAUGAUGGGGAUGUUGUUGACAAAGCCUCUAAAUCCCAAGCCACUCAUGUCGUCAGGGAGAGCAAAGCAUCUGAGAAUGGUAGCAGUUCUUCAGCAGCGAAUGUGACUUCAGACUGGCUUUGGCAGUGUAUCAGAAUGAAGAAACUAGUACCAAUGUAAUUGGACUCAUUGUGAUUAUGAUAUACCUUGCUAGAUAAGACCCCAAGACCAGUGUCAAGAUGUUGAAUGCCUUAAACCUAUACAGAGUCCUUAGUCAAUGCUUCGUAAUUGACAGUGUUGUGUGAGAGCUAGUGCCUGGUGACCAGAAUUUAGAAGGAACAGAUUGAAGCACUCGUGAUUAUGUAUACCUUGCUUGAUGAGAACCUGAAAAACUGGAUGUAAGAUGCCGAUUACUCUUAUAAUAGGGCCGGUACUUGAUGCAUCAUUAUUAACAGUUUUAUACUCGUCAUUAGCAAGUGAUUGACAAUCAAUGUUUGGAAUGAUUUUAGGCUGAUUAACUUUCUUUAGAGCAAAUUAUAAUCCAUUCAAGAUGGAAGCUGCUGGCAGUAUAAUUUCAAUGUCAAAGGCUUGUUUACAGAUUUGAAAAUCAUUGAUUAGAUUUACUGUAAUGAUUUAUCUGGGUCAGAACUGAUCGGCCAUGUGUUGGAGGCCGAGACAUACUGGGGGUCUGUUUCACAAUGACUCAGAGGUUUAAACUGUAAAAAAGUCAAUAUUGCCCUCUAAAUCAAUCAGAAGUUAUUUGCAUUUAUACUGCAAUUUCACUAGAGAUUUAUUUGCUAUACAUUUAGCUCAAAUUGAAUUUCCAAUUGAAUUGAAUUGUGAAUGGAAUUAUUUUCAUAUUAAUGAAUAUUUGAUUUUACUUAUAAUAAAACAGGUGUACAAAUUACUCAAUGCAAUUAACAAAUCAAGUCAUACAUAAUUAUUUUCAAAAUGGCAUAAUAGCUUAGUGAGUAAUUCAUAUUAUUAUGGCAUUUUUAUGGUGGCAUACAGCACUUUACGAAGACCACCUCUUUGAUGUAUGCGGUACAAACAACUCAUCCACAACAACAAAAUUUAAAAUUUGCAAUUGAGAAUGAAUGCUGCUGGCAGACCAUCUAUUUGAUGGUGUAGUGUGUGCUCAAGCAUUUGAUAAAAGCGAUGAUGUGCCGUGUUUGUAAUGAGAUUAGAGGCUGAGCAAGUCUUUCUACUUUAUAAUUGGCAAUUCUUUAGUUUGUUUUGGGGAAUGUGUCUUGUAAAGUCUAUGUCAUGCAUGUAGUGAUUAAAAUUAAAUUAAAGUUGUGAUCAAUCUACAUAGAGAUUCAUUCAAAUCAAUUGCAAAGUCUCUACGGGACAUGUUCCUUGGUCAUUAUAUACAUUUACUUGUACAAAUCAAUUGUACUAUUGAUUCCUAAGCUUUGUGUGAUGGGGUUGUAGUCAUCUUGAAAUAAUGCCUUAAUUUUCAAAUGAACUUUAAUCAUGAUGUGAUCAAUAAUUAUGCAUUGUAUUUUUGCCAAAGCAUAUUUUUAUAUUAGAAAAAAAAAGGGAAGAAAAAAAAAUUACAUUUAUGUAUUCUAGUUAAUGUAACUGUCAUCCGUUUCUAUUAUUUUUCUAAGUGCAAAAUUAAAUAUGUAUGUUCGUUUCAUUCAACUUCCCAGGCAGUGAUAUUUUAUUUUGCAAGGUUGCAUAGCAACUUUUAUUUUUUUCCCUUUUAAUUUGUUUUGUAAAUAUAGUCACAUAGUUAUGUGUGUGAACCACUCAUUUUACCCAUGAUUCUUCCCCCCCCAAAAAAAAAUAUAUAUAAGGGGGAGAAAUGGAGCACUUAUUUUGCCUUGUGCUAUGCCAGUGGUAUUCAUGCCAUAUAUGUUCUUAUCAUUAUGGGCAGUUUGUGUAUUUAUAAAUUUAGCAAAACCUGUUUUUCUUUCCAUGAAAUUAUGGAAUCAUUUGUUAUACAUGUAUAAUUUGCCGCUCUAUGUCUUGUAUGGUUGUCAUAAUAUCAUAAUAGUGAGUACGCUCAAUAUGGUAGAAUCUGCAUAAGUCAAAUCUCUUUGAACCACAGAAAUUGUUCGACUCAGGCGAAAUUCAUCUACUUAAGGAGGUGUAUAUGGGUGUGUUCAAUGUCAGUUUCCAAAUUCAAACAGCAGCUUGAAUCAUGAUUGGAAUCGCUUAAUUACAGAACGUGGAUAUAAUGAGAAUCAUGAUUUGGAAACGCGAUCAGCAAAGAUUUUACGUCUUUCAGCAUCUUUAAAUUAACUCUCACAGUGGAAGCCUACUCAAACAGGUGCCAGAACUGACCUUUUUGGGGAUUGGUCAAACUGAGCACCAAAGCUGCGCUAACGAAAACGAGAAAUUUAAAGACGAUGGACAUAUAAACGGCUUUAUAUUUUAGACACUGAUCUUGUUUGUGUUCGGUGUUUUGUAGUAUUAUUUGCAAUCAUGAUUCAUGUUGCUGUUAAAAUUUGAAAAUUGACAUUGAACACACCCUAAAACAUGUUUGCAUACUCUGGUUUUAAAAAAUGCUUUGACUGUGGCUAUUGUCCGACUUACGCAGUCUCUAAUGUUUUGAUCUCUCUUUAUUGAAGAUAUGCAGUUCUGAAUUGCUUGACAUUUUGAAUGGGAGUUUCUAGUUUCUGUCUUCUUGAUUUGCUGCAUUUAAAAACUUUUGCCAGUUAGUACUUUUAGUAAUACAUUGUAUUUGUUUGUUAAAAAAAGUAUUUCCUUGAAGUGGAAAAUGAAAUAGAAGAGAAUGUAAAAUAUUUUGAUUACAAACAUCUCAAUUGUAUCAUGUACAUUGCAAUAAUGUAAUUAUUUUUUUCAAUUAAGUGCUUCACGAUGAGAAGUGAAGAAAUUGAAAUUAAAAUACUGUACAUAAUGUAA